AUAUACUCUGUGGUAAUAUGUGAUCUGUGGAGUGCGGUGUAAAUUGAAGCCUGAAAAGUAAAAACAGAAGCGGAACUUCGAUAUAUGUUAAUUAUUGUAAGCCGGCUUGAAGAAGUGUAAAUAGUUUGAUAUUUAAAAAGCAACCGUGAAGUAUGGCUGAUAAGAAAGAUGGUGUUGAGCCAGAAGAAGAGUUUUCUGUAGAAAAAGUCUUGGACAGACGUAUAAGGAAUGGCAAGGUUGAAUACUUUUUAAAAUGGAAGGGUUACAGUGAUGCUGAUAACACAUGGGAGCCUGAAGAAAAUUUGGACUGCCCAGAUUUAAUUCAGACUUUUGAAGAAGCAAGAAAGAAAAAAGAAGCAGAAGGAAAAGGUGCAAUGAAAAUUGACAAAGAUACAAAGAAGAGGAAAUCUGCUGCUACACCCGACUUAAAAGGAGCUAAAAAGAGUAAGACCGAUGACAAAAAACCAUCUGGUUUUGAUCGAGGUCUAGAACCUGAAAAGAUUAUUGGAGCUACUGACAGUAGUGGGGAGUUGAUGUUUCUUAUGAAAUGGCAAGGCACCGAUGAAGCAGACCUUGUACCAGCUAAGCAAGCUAAUGUUCGAUGCCCACAAGUUGUGAUUCAGUUCUAUGAAGAAAGGCUAACAUGGCACACUCCAGCACCAGAUGAAGGCAAUAAUGAUGAAUAGAUUUUGACAUAAAUGAGGAUGUUUAAAUUUGAAAAAAGAAUUUAUUUUAAGUUGAACUAGGUUUAAGUUCUCUGUGGCAAAAAUAUUUUUAUAUCACUGAUUUUUGUAUUGUUUACUUAACAACUAGUUUAAUAUCAAGUGGUGUUCUGCAUCAAUUAAGAGUAUUUUACUAGUGUAGAAUACAAGGUAGGCGAAGUGUGUUAUCACAGUAGUUGAUAAACAAAUUAUCUCUACCUUGUGAUAAUAAAAGUUGCCUAUCCUCAUUUACACAUUUAUUCCUUGAAUUAGAUAUGAAUCAUUAUUAAAUUAGUCAAAAUGAACAGACCUGCCUGUUAUUUUUCGUGACUCCGUAUCCAUGUUAGAUUUAGGUGUAUAGUAAAAAUGAAAUUGUGGAAGUUUUAAAUAUUUUACCCUAAAUCUGUCAUACAAUAUCAAUUUAAUGUUAAUUGAUGGUUAAGCAUAUUGUUUAAGAAAUAGUUUUUAGCAUAACUGUCAUAUUUCAGAAUGGUUCUCAACUUACAAUGGAGUUUAGAAGUCUGAUAAAGAACUAGCUUCAUAGACAAUACAAUGUAUAAGUUGUGACCUAAUCGUAUUAUUGAUAAUUUCUUUAAAUGUUUGGCCAUAUCAAGAUAUGAAUAUCUUGAAUGAGAAAUUUGAAAUGAGUUUGAUAAUGUAACUUUGCCAAUAUUCUAUUAUUUGAGUUGCAUAUGUCAAUUAAAAUAAAAACACCUUCGCCUUCUAAUCUGGCAUACGUUUCUGAUUAUUUACGAUUGGGCCAUGACAUAGACAGAUCUUGCUACUAGAUUAAAUUUUAUUUACAUUUUGGAAUGUAGAUCAUAGAUUUAAGCUAGACUUUAAAAUAAAAGAUGCAAAACAUA